AUGCUGGUCACGCUGUCGCUCGACGCGCAACACACUUAUACCAACCUUGACAUCAUCUCCGGCAAAGUCUUUCUACGUGUACCUAGCAACACUAAUGUCUCUUCGAUUGUCGUCAAGCUCGAAGGUGAGAGUCGAACGAGACUGAUCCCUCCGAGUCCUGCUGGGCCCUACAAUGAUCGGCAACGGCCUGUUCUCGAGGUGCACAAGUUGCUGUACAGACUGCAAGUAGUCUUCCCACCUCCGAACCUGCAGAUAGGACCAGCAUGGCAGCAAAAAAGCUACACCCUGAACACGGGGCAGUACGAGUACCCUUUCUCGUUCAAGAUACCGUUCAACAAUGCUUGCACAGCCAUCAACAGUCUCGGCACGAACGCCGCCUUCUCCGGUCUGGGGCUUGAGAUUGCAAGAAAUCCCACGUCUCAUGUCAAGCAGACGCUGCCGCCUACGUUAUCUGGCUUUCCGGGCCUGGCGGAGAUACGCUACUACUGUAAGGUCACGGUCAACCGGCCGUCGCUGUUCAAGGAGAACCCAAGAGGCUUUGCGCACUUCAACUUUCUGCCCAUUGAGCCACCAAGACCACCACGAUCCGACGGCGAAGCGUAUGCUAGGCGACAGCAUCAAUUCAACCCCGAUAUUGUUACCAAAGCCAAGAGCAAGCAAUCAUGGCUUGGUGGCAUGUUCGGUCCGAACUCGCCCAAAGAGCCAGAUCUCCAACCAUCGACCCCUAGACCCCCACCGCGCUUCAUGGUAGAUGCUCGUCUGCCAAAUCCGGCCAUACUAACCUGCAAUGACGAUAUCCCCCUCAGGAUCAUCAUCAAGCAGCUCAGCGAGCGCACCGAGAUGCUCUUCCUGCAAAAUCUGCAAGUCGAGCUAAUCGGCUACACCAAAAUCCGGGCGCACGAGAUGAUCCGCCAAGAGUCCAACAGCUGGAUCGUGAUCAGCCUCUCCAACAUGGCCAUGCCGCUGGGCACCCCCGCCGACACCAUCGGCACCGAGAGCGAGAUCAACCGCGAAUACUGGCAGCGGCGCCCGCUGCCCAACACCGUGGCGCCGACCUUCGACACGUGCAACAUCUCGCGCUUCUACGAGCUCGAGGUCCGCCUCGGCCUCGGCUACGGCUCCUACAAACAGGGCCAGGACCAACUCGUCGUGCUGCCCCUGCGCCUCCCCGUCCGCGUCUUCUCCGGCAUCGCGCCCCCCCGCGCCCUUCUCGACGCCAUGGCCUCCUCCCCCGUCCCCGCUCGACUUCCCCUCAAGCCGCCGCGACCAGGUCCCAUCUCCACCUACUCGGGACCCUCCCUCGCGCCGCCGGCGCCCUACGCGGCGUUUCCGCAAACUCCCGUGGCCGAGAACCCGCCGUGGAUGCAGCAGUAUCCGCCAGUGCAGGGCGCGUAUCUGCCGCAGCAGGGCGCGCCGGAGUAUGAGGAGGCGCCCCCGCCUAGCUAUGAGGAUGCGGUCGGCUCGGAUUUGCCGCCGAUUGAUGGGCCGAGGCGAGAUUAUGCGCCGCCGCCGCCUGUGGAGGGCGGAUUAAGACUGUCGGGGGAUGAGAAGGGGAGGUAA